UCGCGUCGGACACGUACCGGAAGCUCAUCUUCUAGGUUUGUCCUGCUCCCGAUUACUGAGAUGGGCUUGUAACUAUUGUGAAACGCCAUGUUUACGUUAAAAGCGUUACGGGGAAACAAAACCAUGAAAUAUGGAGUUCCCAUGCUCGGUCAAACCAUUUCAUUCAGAGAACAGCUCCCAGCUCAGAUGUCCUUCACAGAACAAACAUUGAAGAUGUUUUGAUGUUAUUUCAGUUGCUGAUAGUUGGAGGUUCCUUUGGCCUGCGAGAGUUCACGCAAAUCAGAUAUGAUGCCCAGAAGCUCAAUAGAAAGCUGGAUCCGUCACUGGAGGCCAAAGUGAAUGUUAAGAAGCAGGCAACUAUCCUUGAGGACGAGUAUGAGAAAAUUAAAGAUGUGAACUUGGACAGUUGGAAGAACAUUCGUGGUCCCCGUCCCUGGGAGGACUCCAAAGACUAUCAGGAGCAACAGAGAGCCAGGCAGAACAUAAAAGACUGAGGCUUGGGGACACUGGAGCAGAUCCACUCAAGAAUGUCCAGUCUUUAGCAAAGACACAGCUGAGACCCGAUUGUCCCAGAUGCUGCAGAUUCAGGGUGCGGACAUGUGUGAUCUGGGCUCGAGAUGGAUUAUUUAAAACCUCGAUUAGUCUUUUAUUCUUUAAUACAGUGUGAUCAGGAGUUUGCACUGAAUAAAUCACCAGUAGGGGGCACAUCUGUGUGUGUUGCACCAAGCCUUCCACCCAGAAGCGACCAAGGGAUCUGCAAAGCAAAAUGUGAUUUCCAUGUCUCUAUAAAUUAUUACUGUUGAUCCACA